AUGGCAGGACGUGAAUCGGGACGUAUCCGAGAGGCGGACAAAAAACGCACCUUAGAUGAUGUGGCACGAAAGCGUCGUGCUCGGAAGGCGUUGGAAGCACUGGAGCAGGACAACUUCCAUGAAGAUCCACACGCCGACUUGGUGAUGUCAAAAAAGGUGCCCAAGUUUAGUGACAAUCUGGAUGGGAGUGGACCGAGCAGGAAGAAGAAUCGCCGCACGAAGGGUGCAGAGUAUUAUCGGGCAAAGUAUCGAAAAACGUUCCCCCAGUUGUUGGACGAAGAGAAACAGCAACGGCCAGAUCCGCCGAAUUACUUCAGUGCGGCUGCACCACCUUCCCGGUUGCCGGAACGACACUUUUGUGCGGUUUGUGGCUUUCCAUCGAGCUACACAUGUACCGCUUGUGGAACGAGAUAUUGCUGCGUUCGUUGUUUGGGAACCCAUCAGGAUACAAGGUGCUUGAAGUGGACCGCUUAGAGAGCCGGCGUUAGACUAUUACUCUACGGAAGGUCGAAAAUGUACAGUGAUUAGCAGGAGGAAAGAAUAAAUGGAAAACAAUUCUUACUUUA